CUUAUUUAUGGGAUCAUUGAAUACUACAAUGAGAUAACAAGGUUUUAAAAUUAUGGGUUGUAUUUGUUCGAAAGAAACUCAACCAAAUCAAUACAUUGAGAACAACCCUGGAGAAAAAAGAAGAUGAUCCUCGAAAAAGUGGUCCGAUUCUUCUAAGGACAACGACAUUACGGUGGACGCAGAUGCCACUGCACGGUUGAUAUCGAAUCAACAGUCUGGUUCGGCAUCUAGGUCCCUUUCUAAUGAUGAGAGGUCUAGAAAGGACCUAUCACAACUUCAAAGGUUGCCAACGAUAGAUGCAACGACAUGGGGUGGACAAAGGCAACCGAGGAUCACUAGGGUCAUGAGUGGUGAAAGAGGUGGUCAAGUAGUUACCGGUUGGCCUUCUUGGUUAGUAGCUGUAGCUGGAGAAGCCAUUAAUGGGUGGAUACCUAGCAAGGCGGACUCAUAUGAAAAGUUGGAAAAGAUCGGUCAAGGAACUUACAGCACCGUGUACAAAGCUCGUGAUAUUGAAUCGAACAAGAUAGUCGCCUUAAAGAAAGUGCGAUUUGCUAAUUUGGACCCUGAAAGAAUUCGUUUCAUGGCAAGGGAAAUUAUUGUUUUGCGUAGGCUUGAUCACCCGAAUGUCAUGAAGCUUGAAGGUCUUAUUGUUUCAAGGGUUUCUGGAUGUUUGUACCUUAUAUUUGACUACAUGGAGCAUGAUCUUAGAGGGCUUGUAGCAACCCUAGAGACUAAGCUCACUGAGGCUCAGAUCAAGUGUUACAUGCAACAAUUGCUCAAUGGCCUUGACCAUUGCCAUAGUCGCGGUGUUUUGCACCGCGACAUUAAGGGUGCAAAUCUCUUGAUAGAUCAUAAUGGUAACCUCAAGAUUGGCGAUUUUGGAUUGGCAACUAUCUUACUUCCUAACCAGACGCAACCUCUAACGAGCCGCGUAGUAACUUUGUGGUACCGACCUCCUGAGCUUUUGCUUGGUUCUACUGAUUAUGGAGUUACUAUUGAUCUGUGGAGUUCUGGUUGCAUUCUUGCGGAAUUAUUCACAGGAAAGCCUAUCAUGCCUGGAAGAACUGAGGUGGAACAACUACAUAGAAUCUUCAAGCUUUGUGGAUCACCUUCCGAAGAGUAUUGGAAGAGAUCAAAAUUGCCAAAUGCAACCGCGUUCAAACCACAACAUCCUUAUAAGCGUUGUGUCAAUCAGACAUUCAAGGAUUUCCCUACUUCUACUUUAGCUCUUUUGGACAUGCUCCUUGCAGUAGAACCCGAGUGUCGUGGAACUGCUUCUUCAGCACUUCAAAGUGAGUUCUUUACAACGAGUCCUCUUCCUUGUGAUCCAUCAAGUUUGCCCAAGUACCCACCUAGUAAGGAAUUUGAUGUCAAGCUUCGAGGAGAUGAAUCUGCAAGGUAUUUUUUUGGCUUCCAAUGUUUUAAAAAUAUGAUCGAUAGUUAAA